CAGAAGUUCACAGCGUACGGUUGUGGGUGUAGUCUCCGGCUCCGACUGUGGGUUAAAGUUCUAACUGUUUUGAGACACAGCCAGAGCUCGACUUCACAGCUGCAGUCAUGUACCUGUACUUCCUGGGUCUCGUGGUGCUCUACUACCUGUACCGCUGGGUUAGGGAGUUGGCACGGGUCCCUGACAAAGGCAACAAGUAUGUGUACGUCACAGGCUGCGACUCAGGCUUUGGCAACCUCCUGGCUCGGCACCUGGACAAGAAGGGCUUCAGAGUGAUUGCCGGGUGUUUCACUGAGAAGGGAGAAGAGGAUCUGAAGAAGUCUUGCUCCAGCAGCUUGAUUACAACACACUUGGAUGUCCGGUCAAAGGAGAGCAUUGAGAAAGUAGCAGCGAUGAUCAAGGAUAGAGUGGGGCAGCGGGGUCUGUGGGCUGUGGUGAACAAUGCUGGUGUGUCCGUUCCCAGUGGCCAAUGUGAUUGGCUGAACAUUGAUGAGUACAAGAUGAUGCUGGAUGUAAACCUGAAUGGGGUGAUCGCUGUGACCCUGAGUGUCAUUCCGCUUAUAAAGAAGGCGAGAGGAAGGGUGGUCAAUGUGGCCAGCGUGUUUGGAAGGAUCAGCGCUACGGGCGGCCCAUACUGCAUCUCCAAGUACGGUGUGGAGGCUUUCAAUGACUCCCUGAGGUUGUGUUUGUCGCCGUUCGGUGUCAAAGUCCUUUGCAUUGAGCCUGGCUUCUUCAAAACAAACGUGACUGAUGUUGGUAUCUUGAAGAAAAAUACCAUAACGCUGUGGGACAAACUUCCACAGGACAUCAAAGACGACUAUGGACAGGACUAUUUGAAGUCCACCCUGGCUAUAAUAGAGGACAAAGUAGCAAAGAUUUCUGAUGCAGAUCUGAUGAAGGUGGUCAAAUGCAUGGAGCACGCUGUGUCCGCUGUCCGUCCCCGCACCCGCUACUCCCCAGGCUGGGAUGCCAAGUUCUUCUGGCUGCCGCUGUCCUACAUGCCAUCAUGUGUCACUGACUGGGUCCUCUCAAGUCAAGCGCCUAAGCUUGCGGUUCAAAAGUAGUUGAUGACUGAUUUGUUUGAGUUUUCCAUUAUAACCUCCAGCAUUAUUCCAUAUUCAGCAACGAUUGCUUGUAAAGGAAUAGCACAUUAUCUCUGUGACAUAAACAAUGUAACCCAAAGUGUUGCUUGGCUCGUCCGUUUGUGAUCUGCUAUCUGCUGGAAUGAAGCGAUAUGUUUGAGGCUACCUUAUCUACAGGCAGGUGGAGAUUUGUUCAGUUUGAAGUUCUUGGCCUUGAUGAUAAACAGAUGUGUGUGUAGUCAGGGGAAGGAAGCGUCAAUUACAAAGUGCAUCUGUUGCGCAACACUUGCUUUGUGUAACUCCUUCUCUGCAUGCCCACCUUGAAAUAGCUUAAUGAUUGAUAUUGAUGGUAAAUAAUAUAUUCCCACAGUGUAAACAGUCCAACUAAAGUAUGGUAAAUAAAGAUUUUUUUUUAAAUUUGAGUAUUUAAUUUAUUUGUCAUCUAAUAUUCAGUGGGAUUAACAACUUUAAACAGCCAUGAAACUUGGUAAUAUAUCUCCUUCGCCACUAGAUGUCAGCAGUGUUAAAUAACUUAAAAAACUAAUACUCCUAAAUACUUGACAUUGCCAAAACCAUAACACUGUUUUGGAAUUUGUCCGACUUAUAUUGUGAUUUAAUUACAAAAUAAUAUUUUGUAUUUGAAAUGUGUAUCUUAACUGCCCGUCCCACUGUAAUAUUUUACUUCUGUGGCAUUUUCUUCUUCAAAUAUUUGGUUGCACUGGGGAACAAAAUACAUAAUGCAAUAAGAGUUACAAAAAAUGUAUGCAUCAACUGCUCUUAACAUUUGAUAUCAAAUAAACUAUGACUAUAAACAUUU